UUGGUCACCUUCCUCUCGCACCUACCCUCCUAUCUCACCUCGUCCAUUAUCCCCAUAGAAGCAGUGACGAUCCUCCCGCGCUAGUUGAUAACAAUGCCGCCGGUCUCAUCUCUACCACUCCCCUCCGACUUCGACUUCGUUAACAUCACUGACCAUAGCAUUUUCAUUCACUCAGACAUCAAUUUCUAUGCAUCGAUUCGUCUCGCACGAUUAGCAUCACAGUCGCUCUGCUCUCACGACGAUGAAGAACCUGACUCGCAGUCCGCCUGCCCAAGCUGUAAGGCAGGCUAUGGGCGGCAUCCAGCACCCGUUCCGGGAGACGAAUAGGAGCCCAUACUAUGCGCGCGGGCCUGGGCCGUAUCGGGGCAGCAUCCAUGAGCAAGGUCGCGCAGUGCUCGCAGGGGGAGAGACGAGUCGUGCACGGUCGAGGGAGAGCAAGAUCGACCUAGGCCCAGUGUUCCAACAUCAUAUUCCUCCUCCUGACGCGUACGUUAAGUAUGGUGAUCCAGCACACGAUGACAUCGAGUCAAUGUCACAGCAUGAACGUCUUUCCGGCCAGUCGGUUGAGGCCGGUGAUCCACCACGAUCACUUACAGACGACGUCAACCCUCAGUACAAAAGCUAUACAAUGGCAGAUGUGACGAACCUGCAGCGAGUGAUUAUAAACCACUUCGACGACUUCGACCGUGCGCCAACGUCCAACGGUGAACAUUGGAGUGUUGCUGCCUAUACAGCGUCCUUGCUGCAAGAUGGCCAUUAUAUACGUCGGGCAUCAUUGGAGAGACGAACUAAAAGCUGGAACGUGGAAACACCUCGAAACACAGAUCCUGAGUACGCUGGCAGCACGCAAAAUACGCGAAGGAGCCGCAGGUCAAAGGUGUCCAAGGUAUCGUCCAAGAUGAUAUCAACUCUACGAAGUCCAUGUCCAGAGCUACGUAGACGUGUCUGGUCGUCCGGUGAGAACAAGAAACGCUUUUUAACACCGCCCCCGAAAACUAUACCCCUUCCGCCCGAGCCACCGCGAUCGGCGCCUCGUCCGGAGGCGUUACGCUUGCAAACGGACAAACUUCCUGCGUCUCCACAUUUGGGUCCACCAGUCCCGCUAUACAGACGGUAUCUCGAAGAGUAUAGACGACUAGACAUGCCGAAUCCAAGGGGACGCCAGCGAACGUCGACUUCAUCUUCGGCUCUACGAGGAGACAGUCCAAUCCCGCAGGCACACGUUCAUCGAUCAACGAUAAGGGGUGCUCACCCACCAUCUGCACGUAGAAUUUUUGCACCUCAACCUCAGCGUCCUGUCAGAGCAGGAUGGAUCGACAAUUUAGCACCAACCGACACACGCUUUGAUACGCCGCUUCAUCAUUUGGGAACGGAGCCUCGUGUAGCUCCGCGGUCACCUUCACUAGAACGUCUUGGAUCACUUUUGAGGCUUUCAGGAAGUGCUCCAGAACUAAGACCGUCUCUACGAGGGGGCGCAAGUAACAGCCGUCCUGACAACGAGUACAAUUCCAGGGAAUAUCAAAUAUCGCUGGAAGGAAACACGCGUCAUAUGCCUAUCAAUGCCGUGCUUGAUGUUGCGUCCAGUCGUCUUAAUGGCGAAUUUCCACCGGAACAUGACCCAAGGACGGAUACUCCCCUCACUCUGCAUCAGCCAACGCUUCAGGGUGCGGGUCUGAUCAAUGCAAUUAUCGGUGCGGUUCAAGAUCCGAUCUCGAGUCAGCCUACCCAUAUGGCUCCUGAUCCAAACGCGAGCCAACCCCCGGUCCGACGUCGUCUUCCAGGUCCGAGUGGUCAGCAUACUGUCUCGCAUUACCAACAGUCUCAACAGCAAAGCGUUGACCCGAGCCAAGAAGCAAUACCCCGACAUACGGAUCUGGCUCGAUGCGAAAUUUUACAAUGGCAACCAAACACUGAUCCAGAUCAACGUGAGUUGUUGCGACAAAUCGAAAGCGCAAGCCGCCAGGAACAGCAAGCAUUACGAUAUCUACAAGAACAACGUUUGGGCCGGGGUGAACGAUCUGUUGCGGAGAAUAGUCUGAGAUACUCUGAGAAUCGUCGCCGGUCGCUCAUUCAACGAUAUCAACACACUUAUCCACAGGCAAAUAAUAGCAGUGAUCCGUAUACACAAAUCGGCAACGCGCACGCUUAUGCUAGUGAACCUUCAAAUGUCGCAAACCACCCACCCCAGGUACCACCAUAUCACCAUCUCCCUCCGCAACAUCCCUCUCAACUUCAGCUGUACCAUGUUCCGGGCUCGAAUCCGCAACUACAAGCGCCAAUCAACACAGCGUACCCCUUUGGUCAUGUACAGAAUCCAUGGCCUAUGCGUCAACAACAAGGGCCAAAUUACGACCCAUUCCAUCCUCGCGCCCUGGGAAUCGUGAACCCAAGUCAAUACGUGCCACAGCCUGUCGCAUCAGGUUCAAUGGCUGGAUUAAGCCCAUUUUUACCGAGUCACGACUUUCCGGUUCUAUCUAUCGGAUAUCCAGGAUAUAAUCCGCACGCGCAGGUACCAGGACAGCCCUUCUCAGCACAGUCACUCUCAGCACAGUCGCAUCUAGUACAGCCGCUUCCAGCAUACCCGUCCCCAGUUCAUAAUAUCUAUCCAGAUCCACAUGGCCAGCAGCUCCAUGUGCGAAGCGUGCGAAGUAUCUCCUACAGCUCGUACUCUGUCCCCUCACUAGAUGACACACCUACCGAUGUCUUUGAGAUACCUAUUCUACAAGGACGCGAGCUUGAUCCGGCAGACCCAACAGACCGUUUCAUCAUGGUAUAUUUUGGUCUGACCUACUGGUUCGAUGUGAGCUUCGAGGAUCAUCCGAGGGACGUAUAUGAGUACAAUUUCGGGACACAGGACGGCCCUAUGCACGUUGUAAAGGACUGGCGGGCUCAUUGGACAGAUAUGAGGGCAUUCAUUCAAGAGCUUAUGUCACUGUCCGGUGAAGCCGUGCCUCUGAGAAAAACUGCAGGUCCGUCGCAGAUCCCUAACUCCUUUGCCGGCCCGAGCUACGGGUACUUUACUGUUCCGCCUCUGCACGUCGUGUCGGGCAAUUAUCUUUCUGCUUGCAGGAGAAGGCGCAGGAACAGGUCGAUCGGAUCUCAACCGGAUGCGAGACGGCCACGGGUGGUUGAUGUCGCUGAUGGCGACUCCACGAUGAGCGCCUCACUUUAUCCCGAGAUGAGGAUUACAGACCUCGGGGAGGCAGAUGGGAGCGAACGAGGGCGUCGGCAGACCAGGCUUGAUAGCGAGAUGCCGAUUAGCUUUGACACCGAUGUGUUGUCAUCGUCGCGGAUCCGGAUGAGGAGGAGGAGAGCGGAUGCUCUGUCUGAGGGGAUUGGGCGUGGGAGCGCGAAUGGUGGGGUGCUAUUGAAUGAUGCGCAUGGCAAUGAGGGUCGGUGGGGUACAUAGUGCCAGGGAUGGAUCUGUUAGUUUGGGGAGACGCGUUGAGGAAGCUGAGGAUGGGGAUUUCUUUGCAGGAGAAGGGAUUGUGGGUGGGAGGGCUCCGUGAGG